AUGGCAGAUUCUGACUCCGGAACGCACGUAACUGACAUCAGCGAGAGUCUUCAAGACGACUUUGAAUCAAGAAAGGAAGGUACGAUUAUGAAAAAUCAAUCGAUUAUUACCGCUCGAUGCUCGUGGUCAACCAUAUACAUUCGUGAACCCAACUUUUGUCGCUCAGUGAUCGCUUUCCGAAGAAUGAGGUACAUAAGAUAUAUAUACAGUAGUGGAACAUUGAUUCACAGCCUUAACUAACGCAGUGUUGAAAAAAAACUUCGUAAGUGCAUACAACUUUAACAUUUUCUCCGAUUAGAAAAAAACUAGCUCAUUGUUUAGUUGGAAACAACGAAUACAUGUUAUGCAAUAAAGCAUAAAAAGUAUUAAAGCUGCAGGAGAAUACUUCAAUUCGUUCAAGACAAGGUCGCAAUUGCUAAACCGAAAGUUAAGUAAAAGUUGCUUUGUAGGGCACAUUGGAUAGUUAAAGUAAAACUGUUAAUCUUAUAUGGUGCUUUUUUGCAUAAACGAAACGGUGGGGAACAAAUAACAGAAUGUUGUAAGGUAGAGACAGCUGAUGUAAGUUUCUCAAAUAAUAUUUCAGAUCAUAUCCAUCAACUGUGGAAGUUCACAGACGUAUUACCUGAAUCCUAGAUGUCGCACUGAGAUUUAAUUCUUAGUUGAACUAUAUUUAUCCUAGUUUGCGGUUUCUGUAGUUAUUGAUUAUUUGCAUCAGUUUUUACUUCCACUUUUCUUAUAUGGAACCAUCUAUAUUUGGAAAUUUUAAUAAAGGGUUUCAUAUAUAUCGGGCAAAAGGUGAAAACCCUCUAUGUCAAAAGCGAUACUGAAUCAAAGGACCGAGCACAAUUUUGCUAAACGUAACCUGUUACAUAUUAAGCAUAGCAUUAGUUAGUGAAGCUCGAAGCUAAUAAAAACUCAAUAUAUUAGCGGAAAAUUAAAAAAAGGAUAAAGAAGACACGUGCGUCGAAACCGCGAUUCAUCGAGCGAUGCUUUAGGUCGCGUUAUUUCCUAUCGUCGGUACAAUGUAGAUCGAUCUAUGAAUUUAAUAUCUACAAUUUUAAACGGUUUAAAAUUCUACGCAAAACACUUCAUUUAGAUCCUUAAUCGAUUAGAUGUUGACAAAACUAUCUAAUAGCUCAGUGUACAGGAUUAAAAUCUGUUUCUGCUGUUGAAUUGUUGUUGCUAUUUUAUGAGCUUAAUUGAAUUCGGAGCCAACCAGUCAUUCUUAUAUUUUAGAUAAUGUUAUUAUCUCAGUACCGCCAACAAUAUUUGCUGUUUAAAGUUCUCGACAAAAUCGAUUUUUCUGCACAAAAAAAAUUAAAUAGCUUCUUCCAAAACAAGAAGACACGAAUUUCUUUCUCUGUGAUAAGUUUCGUUAAAACCCCUAAAACAUUAUAUAGUAAGGAUUGAACUGAACCACAACAUAUGCGCCGCUGGGUAUAAUUCGCACCCUUCAAGAUAGCUACAGAUAAAUUAUGUUGUCGUAUUUUUAACCAUGACAUAAAUUUUCUUUCAGCAGCUACGAUGCAAGAAAUUGGGAAUACAGGGCUUAAUUUCUCACGUGACCUCAUUGUUCAAAAUACUACUGCCGAGAUUCAUGGAGAAAACACGUCGCGGGAUAAGUCUAAUCCAGGACUAAUAAACCAGCUUCAGCGAAGAAAUAGUACCGGAAGUACUCCACGUUUAAUUCGUCACGUGUCUACCAGCCGCGCGGCUUCACCCACACACAUGAUGCAAAGUCGAACCUCGUCGCCAUCACCAACUUUUCAUAUGCCAAAUCAGUCAAAGUCAGAAGCUCGUCGUGCUCCAUCUCCUGCACGUUUUAUGCCAAACUGUUCCGUGUCUCCUAGUCAUUCGCGACGUAUUUCAAGCCGUGCGUCAACUCCAGUUCGACAACUGUCGUCUCCUGCUCAAUUAUCAGUAGGUAGGGAUAAUAAGACUGCGGGACGAGUGACCCGCCGGAGGUCCACUCCUACGGGUCGAGUAUCGAAUCAUCAUGUCACGGCCAUGGCGGCUGCCAGUGUUUUCACUUCUCCCAGAAGGCACAGGAAAGUCAAUGGAAAUAUCCGCCCUUCGCGGCACCUCGAACCAGUAAACCGAACCAGACACCCAACAGCCCAAAAAACGGUUAGCUACGGAGGGACUCUAAGUAAUGGGGAUGGCGAAGGAUUUUUAAGAACGUUAGACAGUAUUCCUGCGCAUUCGGGAUCAAGGAGUGCGUACGAUUUUGUGGAAGCCAAAAAGCGAAGUAGAAACAAAAUAAAGUGGAAUUCCAGCCAAGCUGAUAUUUUUGAUGUCCAGCUUGAUUUGCAUGAUGAUGAAGACAGCGAAGUAUCUGUUGAUGACAAACCGUGGCUACCUACAGGAAUCUAUGCCGUCUUUCUGAUUACUCUUUGGACGGCGGUUGUUAGACUUGUUGACAGCGUUGAAGAAAAUGGUCCCGUAAAUUGCACAAAUGGUGAAGAAACCCGUCUAUGGAUUUGCGCCGCUUCAUUUUCUCUUGUGCAAGGACUCGCUGAGGCGUUUUGGCAGCGAAAGAACUUGCUCAAAGUUCUUUUUAGCAUGACGUGCUUAUUUGGCUACUUCAUCAUUUCACACGUCCAGCCUCUCUCUUGUCGCAUUGGGGCGGAUAAAGUGACAGAAAUAAGCAAAUGGCAGUCGGCGAUGAACUUUUUCGUGAGUGCGAUGUUGGGAAUUAGAAUAUAUCAACAUAUACAAGAACUGAUGCUAGAAAAGAAGAGUAGAACAGCGAGGAGGAAAAGGUCUCAAGUCAGAGAAGAACCAGAUGAAUUUGAAGGAUUGCCAGAGGGCGUCUUAUAA